UACACUGUGCCCGCCCGGCGACGAGACACUGCUACAGUCAGAUCAGUCUCUAGAGCUAGAGAGCGGCACUUUCAAAAGCUCUGUUCAGAAGUGUCUCGCAGGGGGAUCGCACUGGAGAGGGAGUUUAGGACUGCACUGGGCUCUCUACCGGAAAAAUGCCUGCAUUUGUGAAUGAACUGGAUUUAUAAACGUGUCACCCGCCAGGAUUUUCGGUUUGACUGCACUUUUAAUUACAUUGUAGCUUUUUUUUUUUGUAAUUCAGUGGCAAGAUGCUGGGUGGAAACUUUUGACACCAGAACGCUGUGGUGCAACACAACCACGACACCGCAAAGCAGAGAACAAAGAGGGGAUGGUAGAAUUUGGCCUUGUGAAUCCUGCCGCCUGGCAAAGGGCUGAUAUGUAUACCCCAGGUGUGGAAAAAUGGGAUCAUUCCAGCUUUCUUGAGGGGGGAGGGGUGUUUCACAUUGUCAGGAAUGCAGAAGGCUAUCGUGGAGACCUCUGACAGGGUCUUGUUUUUUUAAAUACUAAAAUGGAGUGAUGUCAUUUUCCAUGGGAGAAGAGUGCAGGUUGAACUACUGCAAGCCUCCAGAGAACAUGCAAAGCUUUCUGCGCCCAAGAGGCGUAGUGGAAUCGGCUGUGGUCUUGACUAGCAAGCAAAAUGGUACUUUCUGUUUCAAAAUGUACAGAGGCGUAGGUAAAGUCACAAGAACACAAAAUGAGGAUUGAGAGAGGAACAAUUUGUAGUUCUCACUUGCGUCAAGAGGGGUAGAAACGAAGAGACUUCUGGAUGGAAUUUCCUCAGACAAAGAGAAAACCGACAACAAAAGUUUGUUUUGUUUCGUUGGGUUUUUUUGAUGGACAGACAGUGCAUCCAUCACGGAGGAGUGGAAUAUUUCUGGGCAGGACCGGAUCUUUGUGCACACGUUCGGAGAAGUCAUUUGUGUGGCUGAAAGUGCAUGAGCAGGUUUGUUGUGUGUCUGAAGGGGGUGGCUUCGUCAGGGCUUCUACCUGCUGCAUAGAAAGUUGUCUGUUCCAAUGCGGUCCAACGAGUCACACCUGUUUUGGUAGCAGCUGAGAGAAAUGCCUGAGCGAAGAAAAAAAAGAGCCUUUCAACAAAUCGCAGCUCGACUUCCUUUUCCUUUAAAGACGAUAAACAGCUACACGCAGCCGCACGGCCUGUGAUUUUUUCAAACAAGCGUGCAGCUCUUGGCUGGGGUCAACUUCUGAGCGAAAGGAGGUCUUUGUUUUCGCUCACGGCUCAAAGGGUCAUAGGAGAUGGAGGCGGUUUGCCAGUGGAUCACAGGGCAUUCGUGCUGGCUGCGUUCAGACUGGAUCUAGACGACAGAGUCCUUGCAGGAAUCAUGACCUGGCAUCCCAGCAAUCCCCGGGCCAGAGGACAAUGUGAGCCCAUGUGGUUUCCUGGGUCCCUGGGGUGUGACACUCUGAUGGCUGCGGUGUCCUCCACGUUCCAGUCCCCUCCUGGACAGCAAUAAUGACUUUCUGCCAGAACGCCGUCUACGGCUACACCUUCACUAUGAGGAGCAAGUACGAGCAAUACUACAACAAUGCUGUCAUCUCUGAACAUUACAUGUACGCCAAGAACCUCUCCAAAGAGAGGGUCCUCGACCGCGCAAAGGACAGCUUCGGCUCCCUCUCAAUCAUCUUCAUUGUGGUCUGCUGUGUCAUCAUCCUGGAGAACCUGCUGGUACUCAUUGCUGUCUUCCGCAACAAGAAGUUCCAUUCCGCCAUGUUCUUCUUUAUCGGCAACCUGGCAUUCUCGGAUCUGCUGGCCGGAUCUGCGUACAUCGCCAAUAUCUUCCUGUCCGGCUCACGGACUUUUGAACUGCUGCCAGUCCAGUGGUUCAUCCGGGAGGGGACUGCCUUCAUCGCCCUGUCGGCUUCUGUCUUCAGCCUCCUGGCUAUUGCCAUCGAGCGUUACAUCGCCAUCACCAAGGUGAAGGUAUAUGGCAACAACAAGACGUGCCGCAUGUUCAUGCUGAUCAGCACCUGCUGGGUGACUUCCAUCCUGCUGGGGGGGUUGCCCAUCAUCGGCUGGAACUGUAUCAACAGCCUGCCCGAGUGCUCGGCUCUCCUGCCCCUGUACUCCAAGAAAUACAUCCUGUUUGUGGUCACCAUCUUCAGCAUCAUCCUGCUCUCCAUCGUCAUCCUCUACGUGCGCAUCUACCUGAUUGUCAAGUCCAGUCACCAGGAGGCCACCGCUACUCCGGCCUACACCCUGCUCAAGACGGUCACCAUCGUCCUGGGGGUCUUCAUCGUGUGCUGGCUGCCGGCAUUCUCCAUCCUGCUUGUGGACGUCUCCUGCACCAUGUCCUCCUGCCCCAUCCUCUCCAAGUCCAAAAUCUUCUUUGGGGUCGCCACACUCAACUCGGCCCUCAACCCCUUGAUCUACACUCUACGCAGCAAGGACAUGCGCAAGGAGUUCCUCCGGGUGCUAUGCUGCUGGGGCAUCCUACAGAGCGGGCGCCCCCCCGAUCGCUGCAUGAUCCAGCUGAAGAGCUCCAGCUCUUUGGAUCACUGCACGUUCAAACACGAGAACCAGACGAUGCCCAUCAUGCAGGACUGCACCACGUGUGUUUAGGGACAAAACACAAUAAGGGUGAAAUACAAGCCCAAAACAAGAUGGGGUAAGAGACUAUAAUCUAUUGCCAGGUCUGUGAGUUACGAAAGGUUUUUGGUUUUGCCACUGUGGGGCUUGGGGGGGGGGACGGACGGACGGACGUUUGGACUGCUCCAAAGACAGGCAGAAGACAAAGGAGACCUCGUUUGACAAAAAGACUCUUAACCCCAGGGCUUCAAGGAGUCCCACAGAGCGAGCUUAGCAGACGCAGUGGUUUGCCAGGAGCAGCAGGGCAAGGAGGAGAUGUCUGCAGGCGCUCACCCUCCCCUUCAGAAGGGUUUCUGGGAGGCGAUACUCAGUUGCGCUCUGUGAUAUCCCGCACCAGUAGAAGACUGCGAAUAAAAUGUGGACCCUGCAAUCGGGUUUCCACCAGAAUCGACAGGUGUGGUCCGAUUCCCACUGGGAGCUGUGACCAAGGGAUCCGCGGUGUGUCCUGGGAUUCAUUUACCACUAUCUUUAUCCACUAACUAGGUUCCCGGGCACCUAACUGGGAACAAAGCUAACGAUGACAGUGUUAUAAAAUUGCAUGCUUCUGUACGGUAAAAAUAUGCUACGAGAUAUUGCUCAGCUCCGUUUCAAACAACUGUCGAAAAAGGGCUGCAUUCGAUGAAGUAGCACAGCCGACUCCCAGUAUUUACUGAGCUGUUCCAUCAAAAUGGUACCCUCUGCCAGGGCAAAUGACUUGGACCUGUAUUCCGUUAACCCGACACCUUAGGAAAUGUUGAUUUCAAAGGGACGAAGCUCUCACUGUGGCCCCCUGGGAAAUGUGUAAAAUGCUGGAGAGGGCCAGGUUUGGGAUUUGAUCAAUUUACCCUCCCCAAGGUAUUAUGUUCUUCUUCCAGCUUUUACUUGAUUUUGUUUUAGAACUGACAGUAUUGAAGAUUAGCUUCACUAUGUUUCCGGCGGGACCCCCUGCCGUCUAGGGAAAAAAAAGAGAAGUUGGAUCUCCACGCCCAUCCAAGUUAAGGAGCCAUCCCAAGCUUCCAUAAGUACCUAACCUUAACGAGUCAGACAGUCAGGGCCCCAAGUAUAACUCUCAGCAACAUUUUAAAAAGAAUACCAAAAAAAGGCACUUUGUGAGGAGUAGAAAUGUUCUUUUUAUUGUUUCCUGCAGGGCUGCAGGCCGUUGGCCCAGGAGAGGAAAUCUCCCAGCAAUACUUGUAGUCGCUCAUUUAAUUGUCAUUUUAAUAUUUAUUUAGUGUUGUUUGAACUCCGUGUCUGCCUGUGCAAAUUUAAGCAAAAUAAGGCAAAAGACAGGAACUACCCAGACGUUGGAAUUGGCCUGUUUCACAAAAAACUGACACUCGGAAAAAUCUAAUCGGGCUCAAACUGCCAGGCAGUGACAGUUUCGUUCCUGCCCCUUCCCCUGCAGCCAGGUCACUGACACCUAAUUCAUGUUGGCUCUGUCCCCCAUUUAGAGGAAGGGGGUCCAUCCAGAUUUUGGGUCGAUUAAAACAAAGAGAGUCCGCAAACAGACAAAAAAAAAGCUUGCAUCCAAUACCAAACUCCUCGCACCUGCGGUCGUGCUCGUAGCAGACAUCCUACAACGGCAGCGGUUCUGAGUGGCGGGUUCCUGUUUUUUUUUCCACCUGCGUCUGGCUUAAUUCCGCGUUUCCCCCCUCCGUGACAGAGUGCGUGUGUUCCGCCUGCCCCCGGGAGGGAGAGUGAACAGAGCCGGUGCGCCCGCCAAUUGUUCACCCCUGUUCCUGUUUUGAGCCGCGUAUCGAGCAGUGACAUUAGUCUGCUUCCCGAGUUUCCACUCCCUUCAUCCCCUUUUUUAUAAAUUCAGUUUCUUUUUCGAUCAAACAAUCCGUACCUCUUCCUGGCAGCAAAAAACAAAACAAAAAACAAAGCAGAUGCAGUGAGUGGUCAAUGAUUGAGAACAAUUUGAUUUCGUUUGGUCAUUCGUGGGUUUCUGUGAUCUGAGGGUGAAAGAAAAACAAGAUUAAGCGAGAGAGUGGGGUGCGUACAGUUCAAAGUCCAGGAGGACAGAACAUACCUUUUGGAACCGAAACUAAAGAACACAACGUGCGCGUUAAGAAGCACACACUGCUGCUAUGAUCCUAUAAAGUUAGUUUUAUUGUAGUUUCUCCGGGUCACAGGGGGAUUUGUGGGUGGGGUUCCAAAGAACAAAGAUUAAUGUUCAAGGUGUGUAAUGAAACAAACGUUUCCAUUUUUAAAAAAAAGACAAGGAAAUGUCUGAUUCCAAAAUGACGCGUUUACUUCUGUGUAGUGUGUGAAAUUCGAGUCUCCCAGCCUUGAUGUUGUUUUGUACUCUUGCGUGCUUUAAUGUCAGCUCAGCGGCGGCCUGUUUGUAUUCUUCUCCAUCUCUCUAAAUAUAACAGCUUCCUAAGAGGAAGGUGCAAUCAAAAAAGAAUACAUUUCCUGAGGGGUUUUUUAAAUUGUCGGCAAUCAUUUAACACGCUCAGAUGGGCAUCAGCAACAGACACAGUACUAUAUUUUGGGGGGGUGGCUGUCAGGAUGGAGGGGGAGGGUUCCAUACCCAGCUGAGAAACAAAUUUAGCUUUAAACAGAAACAGAUUAACAAUGGAGAGCGUAUUUCUUCCAUUGCAACUGGAUCGUGAUUCAGUGCAGUAUUACUUUUCUCAAGAGAUAUCCAAACUGAAUUUGGUUAGCCAAGGCCAACUGGGCCAACACAUAAAAAAGACUGUUGCAUUAGUAGGAGUGGCUCUGCCCAAAUACACCACAAGACACAUCAUGACGGAUCUUCCUACUACAUACAGGCCAAAUGUCCCAUGACCCUCCUCGCUAGAGUAAAUGAUAACAGGAGAGCAGGGAAGGGAAAACGGUGAAGCUCUGAAUACCACUUUAAAAAAACAAAGGGGGCAAAUGAAAAAAAUUGACCUUAUUUAUUGGAUGAUUAUUGUUGUAUAAUAGGUGUACAAUACGUAGUUGCAAGUGCUGGGUCUGUGUGGUCACAUACAGGACUAUCGGCUGUAGUUGUCACAAUACUUGAUGGGACACAAGAUAAAGUUUAAAAACAACAAAACAGAGAAGCACAUUCAGGCCUUAGACUCAGUUGCUUGGUAGGUGAUUGUUGCCAAAAACUCGAGAGAACUGCUUGGGUGUUACAACCAGAGUGAAAAAACAGCGGUUGACCAAGAAGGCAAGAAUUCAAUGUGAUUUUGCAUAAGGAUCAGCAUCUGCACUGCUCGGUCAGCUUGGCUAAGCAGUAGACAGUGUGGAAACAAAACACAAGCUCAUUCUCGAUCUCCCGCUGGCUUGCUGGGAGCCCCAUCCCAGAUCCUGUUUCUGGCUGGACUUAUUUGUCCAGCAGGGCGUCCCACCUCGUUUCGGACUCGGCAAAAGGUCAGCCGGCAGUAUUUUUUUUUUGUUUGCAAACCACUGACAUCAAAAGAGUUUAUUUUGUUCUUCUGUCCUCUGCUCCCACUUCGGAUGAAGAAACAGGGGAAGCUGAAGGAAUUCCUGUCUUUUAUGGGGGUUCCUGUUGUUUACAGGAUGAGGUUAGGGAGUCGGAGAGAGGGUGACGUCAAGUCUCCUCUUCCGUAUGGGAGUGUUUUGGCUUCCAAAGCUCAGACGAGGAGCACGUCCCCUCCUGUGAGGGGUGCAUACGUGUGUGAGUGUGUCCGGAGUGGUUAAGGGGUAAAGAGGAGAGCUUACAUUGAAGGUGUAAAAUGUAGAAAUCACUGCCUUUGCUGCUAGGACUGUACAAAUGUUUUUGUCAUAGCUCAGUUUUUUUUAUGAGAGCAUCAGCAAGCUCCAGGUCUACCAGCUUGUCCAGAACUCAUUGUUUUGGUCUUUUAAGGAUUUUGUUUUUAGUUUCUUUAGAAGCAGGGAAAAACAUCUGCUUAAAUAACUUGUAAGCAAACAGUGUGGUUGCCCACCCAUCAAACUAUGCCACAUCUGCAACCGAUUAUAAAAGCAUGUUUUCUUCAUUGCAUUACAGGUAUCACCGUUGCAUCAUUUAAUUUACAGUAAAUAAUGAAAAACAAACUAAAAUAACAAUGCUCAAAUAAGGCAGAGCUGAAUGUCAUGUUGCAUUAGCUUCUAAAACCAAAUUGUGGGGGACAGAUAUUGACACCAGCACCUGACGUCACAACUGACAUGAUGAAUGUCUGACUGUAAGAGCUCUCUCAUGUGGCCCCGUGCAGACGAUAGCAUCUGUUCUGAUAUCACAGGACGUGUCUGAGCACAGAAGGCACACCUGCUGUAGGUAAAGUGUUUGGACAAGGCUUGUUUCUUCCCCACCGCCGUCUUCUCUGAAUCAAGCCAGGAAUCUUAUAAACUUCCCUAAAGUUGCUAGGAGGCCCUAUACUGGUUGCCUCUGAAGUGAAGCCAUAUUGAUUUAGUGGUUACCCCUGCCAAUCAAAUGCAAAGACAACCAAUGAGAAAGAGAGAAAGCACUUUGGUGGGGAAAUGAAAGCCCGCCCUUUAGCCCGCUGUUUCCUAUGGGCUCAAGUAAUCAAUGUUUUUAGCAUUCGUAAAUACGUACAUUUGUGAUUUCAUGGUUAAGUAUAUGUGAUCUAACCCUGUGGACUAUUGUAUGUUUUUUUUAUUUUAAAUAUACAGUAUAUUAACUCAUGUAUAUAUGUACUGAAUGUCUUAAGUGUGCAAUAGCUUUUUGUGUUCUGUAGCACGCUACUCAUGUUCAAUCGGUACAAGUUAUAAGCAAAACGCUAAUUUAGGUACAAAUGUUAAAAAAGCCUUUUGUGUUUAUUUCUUUUGUAAAAAAAUAUUAAAAUUAUCCCGGUACUUUAAAAA